UGCGCAAUACAAACAUAGCUCUCGAAUUCAGGUUGGCGCUUGCAUCAAUGCUCUCAACAAUUUAGAGUCGUUUUACGUCUACAAACGUGGGUGCUCAAGAUAGCUGCACAUGACGAAAGCUAAAAAAAAGCCGCAUAAGUCCGAUAAGGGCAACGAUGAACCGCCUGUUUGCGUACAAAACAAGGUUGAAGCUGUUGAAAAGACGGAGCCAAAUGGAAACUGCCACGGCCAGCCCAACGAGACGAAUCAAACGUCACAACAAAGUAUUUCACACCAGAAUUUACAAAAUUCCAGUGGCAAACCGUGGUUUCAAAACGAAAUUUUAUGCAUGAUGUACGCGUUUGGUGAUGCAAGAAAACCUAGUGCCGAGUCGGCUCGACUUAUUGAAGCAAUCGUUCACAAACAGAUAUCGAGUCUGGUUGUUCAAACGGCGGAGGUUACGGCAUUAAGAGGGGGCAAGUUUAUGCACACUGAAGAUGUAAAAUUUCUUAUGAGGAAAGACAAGGCGAAGUUACAAAAGUUGAACAUGUAUCUUGGUUUUAAAGAAAGCAAGCAAAAGUUGAUGAAACAGAUCUCUCAAGACGAUGAUGAAAUUCUCGGAGCAUUUGGUGGAAAUGACGUGAAGUUAGGAAACAAACGAAGACGAUUAUCCGAUCCCAGUUCUUUCGAACAAUUAGAUGACAGUAGCUUCUUGGGAAGCGAUGGUUACGAUCAGAGAAGAGAAAGGCUUGAGAGAGCAGAGUAUUUGUCGAGAUCGCUGGAUACACAGCAAUAUUUAGAAUUCAUUGAAUGUCGUCAGGCAAAUUUUAACAAAAAGGCGGGAAAAUUCAAAGAAUGGCUGGAUUACACGAACCUCACAGAUUUGAAACCAAACACUCCAGUUAUGGAAGUCUUCAGCUACCUUGCGUACGAAACAGUUGGACAGAUUGUAGAGAUGGCGUUAUUGGUCAAGAAAGAUAUCGAACGGAGCGACGAACUGUCAGCCGUCAUGCCUUUACUGCGCGAAAACAACGCUUCUAAAAUCAACUUACCUUUCAUCACAACAUCCUCAAUGCCUUCGAGCAGAUGUUCCACGCCAACACCCCCCAGCACGCCCACGACAUCAAUAGGUGGAACUCAGCCUUCUUUCUCUUUGGGCGGUGCAACUCCCACCGGUGGUGCUGGGUCGAACUUGACUUCGUUACCAGGUGGAGUGAGCUCUUUAUCUGCAAGUUCUAAAUCGUCCAAGGCUAAAAAGAAAAGAACAAAGCUAAGCUCUGUGCUCUCAAAUGAUCUUUAUUCCGACUGCCUUCAGCCAGAUCAUAUUCGUGAAGCAAUGCGACGUUAUAGCCAUGGCAUGGGCCCAAUGGCGGCGUUCUCGCCGCGUGCAAGUACGACGCCGAGUUACAUGACCUUGUGUUUAUAAAUUGCUAUGAUGGAAAUCCUAUAUUCAUAGUGUAAAGGUUAGAUAAGGCGCUUUAAACUGUUCAAACGCUUACCUUCAAUGAGAAAUUUCGGCUUUGAUUGGCUAUUGUAGGUGAAAUACACAUACUAGUCACACAUUCGUUUGAAUAUUGUCGUUAUAAUAAAUGUACAUCUAUAUGUUGGUCAUAAUGUUGAUGUUGAAUCUCGACCCAACGUGCUAAUGAAACAUUCAGAACUGCCAAGAGCUCUAAACUUGACAAAAGUUGGCAUUAACAGGCGAGUUAGCAACAUGCAACAUCCAUUAAGGUUGUCGAAUAUUUCUUAAAAAUAAUCAUUUGACAAAGAUGAAUGCAGUUUUAUCAAUGGCAAACGUAAAGACCAUAAAGGUAUUCACACUUGGGUUUUAAUUAACUCAUAUCAAAAGUCAAAAGUGCUUUAAUAACAUACAUGGGGGCAUUCUUCAGGUAUUUGCUCGCAUGAUUGCUUCAGCUGUUCAACUUAGCGUCCGUAAUGUAUACCAGUCACUUGUACACAGAUAAAGGCUUCAAGACGGUGCAAAGAAGCACCUGCAUACUGGAAGCAUGACAAAUCUACCACAGCACAAAGAGGAACUUCUCAUAUCAUGCACACAGAAUACAACUCAAUAAGAACACAAAGAGAGCCAUAACUUUCGUCGAAAACUCUCUAGAGUCAUCUAUAUCUCGCUUCUCUUCACUUACUUGACGAUAUCAUUGAUGGGUAUACUGAUCAAUCGGCCAUCUAACGUUGGGACGUCGACAGUACAACCAGUGAGUGCCUACAGAAGGAAGAAAGAUCAUUCGAAAUAAAAUGUCCUGAUAGGGAAUUUCUUAUAAAGGGGGCGGGCGGGAGUAAUCAACGAUUUUCUUCAAUAUUGCUUUUUUUUGCUCGGCAGAGAAGCGCAAAAUAAAACGGGAAGCGAAGGGUCUUUGUCAAAAAAUACCAUAGAAUUCAAAAUAACCGCAAAAUCGUGGUCGGAAAAUCUUCAUAAAAAAAUGUCAUCGUGUAUGAAAACAUGAUUUAAAGUUAUGAAAGGCAGAAAAUACGUUCCCUUCUUUCUGUAUUCAAGUUCAUCAUGGCGUUUCUUGGCAGGGGUGUAUGACAGGUCUUUUUUCAUACGUUAAUGUACACAAUAUCGUGUUGGACGGUCGAUGCUCGGGAAAUACUAAUUACCAUAAAAGUUUUUCAACAAUAGACAUUGCUUUAAUGGCUUCAAACUCUCUGAUAAAUAUUCAAUACGCCAAAUUAGAAAAAGUCAAAUGAAAUUAAUGAAAACGA